UGUACUGAAAGGAGGAGUUGUUUUUCAGCUGUGUGCUUUCUCAAAAAGUGGAAAUCAGAAAGCCCAAAGAAGUGUGUAGAAUUCCUGGGGUUUAGAACUCGUGGUGCAGUCACGUCGUUGGUGCAGGGUUAGCUUUUCCCGUGCCUCAGAGGGAAGGUUUGGAAGCAAGCAUUUUGCUGCUGUUCACCCGUGGGGCAAGUAGAUAAUAAUCUGAUGUGCUGGAAAGUAUCUGCACUUUAAUCACUUACUCAUAUCUUCAUCAAAUCACAAGCUCCUUUUUGUUUUAUUGAUUUAUGGAUUUUCCUCUAUCGUGUUUAUCAUGAAACUUCUGCCCUUGCAUUAUUAAACAGGAAAACUCCAGAGCAAUGUGGUGGUGGUUAAAAGCCAUCGAGUGUAUUCCUGGCAUCUCUGUGUUUGUCUAAUUCUGGAGGCAGCAGCUGAUGCAGGAGCCUUUCUGGUGUGAAAUGUUCUAGCAGGACGUCAAUUUGCACGCUAUUCUAAUUAGCCGGUUCGUUAGUGUCGCGUUACUGCCUGGGAUCAGAAAGCUGGAGAUCUGGCUGUUACUCAUGAAUCACGCUCCCAGAGCAUCGCUGGCGGCUUGGAGGAAGCAAUUCUUCUUUUUCCUUAGAUACACUUUCCCAGAAAUUGCUUUGUGGUCGCAGCUCGGAGGUGCAGUUUCGUUCUUUCAGGUGUGUUGUGCAUUAGUUCAUUUCCCUGCUCACCCCCCAGAGCUGCAUCCCCCACAUCCUUCCCUCUGGCACGGCCAGGCUCGCGCUGUCCUCCUGGCUUUGUUUGGCGUGCGUGGCUUUGUUUCCUUGCCCUGGUGGAAGGUGUUCUCUUGGGCCCAUGGCAGCGGCGUUCCCUGCAGGCGAGGCUCAGACCUGCAGCGCUCAGGCCCUUGGCAGCCUGGGCAUGGGACCGUGCCCCAGGCCUGCCACAUUUGUACUGAGGGCAGGAAUUCACCCGGGGAACGCCGUGGGACACGCGGGCUGGUGUCACAUCCGUCACAUUGCCCGUCCCUGCUGGUGACACCAGCCCCUGCCCGGAUUUAGUGCUGGGCUGAGGGUUAGUUUGUGCAGAAAGGCAGUUCCCUCUCUGCCUCGCUGCUCACGGCCUUCCUGAGCCCCAGGCGUGCCACAGCAGCAUGUGCAGAACCCUUUCUUCUCUGAUUCUGACUCCACAGGCUGGCUGGAUUUCCAUCACGAGGUGCACUCGGGCUCUGUGGGUGUGACACCCUGGUCACAGAGGGAAAAAACGAGAUAAGGUUUACCAGAAUCAGUCUGAGAGACUUUUAGGGAGCUGAAGAUAAAUAAUGAUAGCUUAUUGUCAUAAAUAACCUGCAGGUGAUGUUUUCCUACUCUCUGUUUCAUUGUUUUUCUCAAAGAUUGUUAAUGAGGAAGGUGUUUUGUUAAUUAGCCAGUCAGGUGAAAUGUAUUGAUUAAUUGACCAGCCAGGUCUCUCUGUAUGGGAACAAAGUAUAAAAGAGGAUCCAAAGUAAAGACCAGGCUGUGUGCCAGCAGCCUUCUGGGAGUGUGUGCAUUUCUUACUCAGCAGUGGCAGUCUCAGGUCCGUGGUGGAUGCAGUGUGCUGCCCUGGUUUUACCAAGAGACAGUACAUCUAACACUUAACUUGGAUCAUCUCUUGUUCAUCAGCUUGAAAGUCAUAACAGCCCCCAAAACUGACCUUUGAUCUGAAAGAAAAAGCUGUGACAGAUGGACAAUAUGUCUAUUACUAACACACCAACAAGUAAUGAUGCUUGUCUGAGCAUUGUUCACAGCUUGAUGUGCCAUCGACAAGGCGGAGAGAGCGAAACUUUCGCCAAGCGCGCAAUUGAGAGUUUAGUUAAAAAGCUAAAGGAGAAAAAAGAUGAAUUGGAUUCUCUGAUUACAGCUAUAACCACAAACGGAGCUCACCCUAGCAAGUGUGUUACGAUACAGAGGACGCUGGACGGGAGGCUGCAGGUGGCUGGCCGCAAGGGAUUCCCCCACGUCAUCUACGCCCGGCUCUGGAGGUGGCCCGAUCUUCACAAAAAUGAACUCAAGCACGUUAAAUACUGUCAGUAUGCCUUUGACUUAAAGUGUGACAGUGUGUGUGUAAACCCGUACCAUUAUGAGCGCGUCGUAUCGCCUGGCAUCGAUCUCUCGGGACUGACGCUGCAGAGCUCAGCUCCCUCCAGCAUGCUGGUGAAGGACGAGUACGUGCACGACUACGAGGGGCAGCCGUCGCUGUCGUCGGCCGAGGGCCACUCGGUGCAGACCAUCCAGCACCCGCCCAGCAACCGCGCCUCCUCGGAGCCCUACAGCGCGCCGGCGCUGCUGCCGCCCGCCGAGGCCAGCACCACCAGCACCACCAACUUCCCCAACAUUCCCGUGGCCUCCACAAGUCAACCUCCCAGUAUAUUGACAGGUAGCCAUAGUGAUGGACUCUUACAGAUUGCUUCAGGGCCCCAGCCAGGAGCUCAGCAGAAUGGGUUCACAGCCCAGCCAGCCACUUACCACCACAACAGUACCACCAGCUGGACGGGGAGCCGGACGGCCGCCUACACGCCCAGCAUCCCACACCACCAGAACGGCCACCUGCAGCACCACCCGCCCAUGCACCCCGGACACUACUGGCCAGUUCACAACGAACUCGCAUUCCAGCCUCCCAUAUCAAACCAUCCUGCUCCAGAGUACUGGUGUUCCAUCGCCUACUUUGAGAUGGACGUGCAGGUCGGGGAGACGUUCAAGGUGCCCUCCAGCUGCCCCAUUGUCACUGUGGAUGGGUACGUGGAUCCCUCCGGAGGGGACCGCUUCUGCCUGGGCCAGCUGUCCAACGUGCACAGAACAGAAGCCAUCGAGAGAGCGAGGUUGCACAUCGGCAAGGGCGUGCAGCUGGAGUGCAAGGGCGAGGGCGACGUGUGGGUGCGCUGCCUGAGCGACCACGCCGUGUUCGUGCAGAGCUACUACCUGGACAGGGAGGCGGGCAGAGCCCCGGGGGAUGCCGUGCACAAGAUCUACCCCAGCGCCUACAUCAAGGUGUUCGACCUGCGGCAGUGCCACCGGCAGAUGCAGCAGCAGGCGGCCACCGCGCAGGCCGCCGCCGCCGCGCAGGCUGCAGCCGUGGCCGGCAACAUCCCCGGGCCCGGCUCCGUGGGAGGCAUCGCCCCGGCCAUCAGUCUGUCGGCCGCAGCCGGGAUCGGCGUGGACGACCUGCGGCGGCUGUGCAUCCUGAGGAUGAGCUUCGUCAAGGGCUGGGGCCCCGACUACCCGCGGCAGAGCAUCAAGGAGACGCCGUGCUGGAUCGAGAUACACCUGCACCGCGCGCUGCAGCUGCUGGACGAGGUGCUGCACACCAUGCCCAUCGCCGACCCCCAGCCCCUGGACUGACCCGCCCGCCGCCGCCGCCUUGUAAAAUACCCCUCUGUUUAUAACCUGAAGAUAUAUUUUACUUCCCUUCUGCUUAACCUUCUGAAAACAGGUUUUAAAAAUGUGUUUGCCGCCUUGCUCUUUUAGCAGAAAGCAUCUGAACGUGCAGGAUUUGGAUUUCAGUUAUUUCCAGAACUCGGUAGUCGUAAUACAGGGCCUGAAGUGGAAGGUGAACGCUUCAUAGAGACUUCACAGUGUUGGGUUUGUUCCCUUUGAAACUCUCCUUCCCUACGGUGGCAUCUUGGUGAUCGGCCUCACGGGAGCCUUUUGUAUGCAGAAUAUAUAUUAUAUAUAUAUUUAUAUCUGAAAAUUCCUUCUAGUAGUUAAAAACAUUUACCUUGUAGCGACUUUAAAAUUCCAACUGAUUUGUGAUAUUCUGUUUAGGGAACAGUAGUUAACAGAAGACUUCUUUAUUUUGUUGAUGAUUGUGUUACAAUUUUUCCAGGUUAAAGCCUAGCAGCUGCCAAAAAGUGAGGGGAUGACACAUACAUACAUUGUUGGCAUUGAUCAGAAAAUUCUUUCGUUUUUAAAAGUAAAACAGUCAUCCUAGAUUUUUAUUUCUGUUACCAUGUGAGUUGUAAACACUAAGGAAGGGGAUGGUGCAGUGGUGGAGCUGUGAGUGCUGGCAGGAGCGUGUCCUCACCCUGGCUCUGACUCCUGGGGUCACUCAACCCGCAGCACCUACCGUGGCAAAUCUGCACCACUCCUUUUUCGUGUCUACGGCGAUCCAUCGGCAUUGAGCGCUGGGGUUUGUGUCUGUUCACCAUUUCCACUCAGGGCAAGAUGGCAAACCUGUUUUUAUACUCCUGCUUGUUUCAGCCCCGUGCCGCGGCGGGGAGCAGCUGCAGGCACACACUCUCCUUCCCCUGCUACAGCACCAAUAAAGGAUGGAAACCCACGCACCGAGCUGGCUUUGCUUUGAUGUGUGCUGCCCCAGCCAGGAGGGGCCCUGCAGGGCCGGGAAACGCGGCUGCUGCUCCUGCUCCUCUGCUCCUCUCCUGGGGAUAGCUGCUCCCGGCGCACCGGGGAGCAGGGAGCAGGAGCACAGGGAGGAGCAGGAGCACACAGCGAGCAGGAGCUGCCUGCCCUCGGCUCCUGGCACACACAGGGAGCAGGAGCUGCCUGCCCUCAGCCUCUGCCCCUGCGGGGUCCUGCAGCGCUGUCAGCGCGGCUGCAGCGGCACAGAAAUCCUGCAGGGAUCGCUGGGGGCCUGCUGCCCAGCCCCUCCACAGAAAUCCUGCAGGGAUCGCUGGGGGCCUGCUGCCCAGCCCCUCGCAGUCCCGGGCUCCGGCAGUGCCUUGCCUGGGUGUCGCUGUUCCCGCACGCUGGAAUUCCUGCGGGGGCAGCCGGGAGCGCUGCAGGCAGGGACACAGGGGUGGCUCCAGAGCCGCGGCCAGAGACUCAUCCAUUCCCCCCAUUUUCAUCAUUUCAUCGUUUCCCUGUUGGCUCCCUCGGGCUGGCUUUAACGGGUUCGCCUUCUGUCCCUGGCAGGCGGCAGCCCCCGGUCCUCGGGAAGAGCAGUGUUUGUCUCUCGGGUUUUGGCCCUGAGCCUGUUUGGGUUUGUGGGGCUGCCUGGCAGGAAAGCUGCACCCCUCGCUGGCCUUGUGCUUGUGCCAAACUCGGGCAAAACAGGGAAAGGCUGGUGCAGCCUGUGCUCUUCCUGCUGGAGUUGCAGUCUGAAAGAGUUCUCCGGUUAAGGAAAGGUUUCUUGCAGGUGUUUUGCAGGUCUCCACCUGCAGAAUGAAUGCAUGGCCCGAAGUGUUCAGAACAGAACAAAACUGGUGAUUUUAUUACAGGAAAUCACUGUAUUUACAUCAGGAGAAGUCAGAGGCAGUAAAAGCUGAGAAGGCAUUCAUCUUCUCCACCACGCAGCUCCCAAAAGGGUGCACUUGCAGCUGUUAAAGAAAGUGAGACAAUCUUAUUCCUAGUUCUUCAUAUGCUGUCAAAUUAACUUUUGUACAUUUAUGACAAGGCGUAAAAGGCAGCAGAUAAUGGGCUGGAACCUGCUCAGCAUAAGCAGCAGCACUGAGUUCUUGACAGGCUUGCAUUUGUGUCUGAGAGCUGGGAAGGAGCUGCAGCUCCCUGUGCCCCUGAGCAGGGAUCCGGGGAUGCCGAGCUGCCCCGGCCCCGAAAGGCUCCGUUCAGGUGACCAGCCAGGGUUUAUUCAGCUUGCACCUGCUGCUCCCGGGUGGGCUCUGCUCGGUGCCUCCCGUGGCAGCCGCAGAGCCUUUGUGCUGGAGCCCUGUGUGCUUUCCCUUUCUGCUGCCCAGCUGGGAUGAGCGCCGGCAGGAUUCAUGGGGCUGGGACUAGCGCCGGCAGGUUUAGUGGCUUCAUCCCAUCGUUGUUGGUGUGGAGAGGGAGGGCAUUCACACUUGGGUGCAGCAGAGGAAACCUUCCCACUGGAAGGGCUGAACUCCAGCAGGAAUCCCCGGGACGGAGACAAAACCAUUCCUCCCAUCCCUUCUGUGGGUGAGGGCGCUGUGCUGGGGCCCUGGAGAGCUGGGGUGAGCAUUGCAGGGACAGCUGUGAGACCCCCCUGCGGCUGUGAUCACCCCUGGGUGCCACCACCCCUGGGUGCCCCAGCCCGGAGACAUCUCUGCUCUCUCCCGAGAAGGGCCCCUCAGGAGGGGCUGUCUCACUCCUGUGUCCCUGCCCAGCCCUGGCUCCACCCAGUUUGGAUCCUCACCCCGCGUUUUCACACUUCUGUAAGUUUUGGUCCAUUUCCAUAUUGGGGUCGGUUGUCCAGUUCCAGCUCAGGUGUUGCAGUCCCAUCCUCCCAGUUUGCUCUCCUCAGUUCCCCGUGGUUUGCACUUUUGGGCUGAGGCUGCCGCGGUGUCCUUGGUUCUGGGACUGUUUUGUCUGACUGAGCUCUGAGGAGAGCUCGUUACUGCUCCAUACGGAGCCAGUGCAGCGCAGACUCUGGAGAACAGGAAAGCUCAGCAGAGCUUGUCCCCACGGGGGUGACCCAGAGCUGCUCGGGGCCGUGCGAGUGUCCCCUGGCGAGGGCUGUGACAGCGGGAGCACCCCGGGCCGGCCCCGCGGCUCUGCGUGCCUCGGGCAGGCUCGCAGCGCUCACACCCCAGCCCCCGCUGGAGCUGGCCUGUCCCAGUGAGCUUUUCUGUCCUUUUGGGGAGGUUUGGUAGCGCCCCAAAGCUGUGAUUCAGCUGGAUUGAGAGCUGUGAAGUACCCGUAACCCAAAACUCGCCCUGGGAGGGUUUUUCAGGCGUGGAAACCUAGUUGAGCGUUUCUUUUCUUCAGCCAUUGCCUUUUGAUAAGCGGUCAACAGAAUUCCCAGUAGUUCCUUUGUAGCUUCCUGUAUGUUUUUCAUUAGACCUAGUUUGUGGAUAAUACACUGUAGCUCACUUUCCUGAAAUUCUGUAACAGAGUAUGUUUUUGAUUAAAAAAGUUAAAGAUUCA